CAUAACAACAAUUUUAUCUUUCCAGAUUUAAAACUACAAAACCCAAUCCACCUAUAAUAAUCACACAAUCACUCAUCAACUUUUUCCUGCGUGCUUCCACCCAAAUACACAGAUGUUGAAAUUUGUUAUUCUUCACGUUUUCUUCUUCAUCAUCAUCAUUUUUGAAUUUUCAAAUGGGUUUUCAGAUUAUGAUGCUUUAAUGAAGCUCAAAGCUUCAUUAAUGGUGGCAUCAAAUACCUCUGAAAUAUUAGACGACUGGAAAGUCGAAAACUCACAUUGUUCGUUUUCGGGAGUUUCAUGUGAUGAAAACUUUCGUGUAACGUCGUUGACGAUAUCCUAUGUUCCUCUGUUCGGAACUAUCCCGCCGGAGAUCGGGAUUCUGAACAAACUGGUCAAUCUGACGCUCGUAUCAGAUAACCUCACCGGUCCAGUUCCGGUGGAAAUGUCUAAUUUGACGUCGAUUAGAUUCAUUAACAUCUCUGGUAAUGUUUUCAAUGGGGAGCUUCAGGGGGAUAUUGUGGCAGGAAUGACGGAGCUGGAGGCUUUCGACGUUUACAACAAUAAUUUCAGUGGGAGGUUGCCAGUGGAGUUUGUGCAGUUGAAGAAUCUAAAAAUUUUGUAUCUCGGAGGUAAUUUCUUCAAUGGAGAGAUUCCGGAAGAUUACUCGGAGUUUCAGAGUUUACAGAUUUUAGGUUUGCAACAAAAUGAACUCUCUGGGAAGAUUCCGGCGAGCUUAUCACGUGUGUCGACUCUUGAUCAGCUUCUCACCGGGUAUUCCAACAGUUUUGAAGGAGGAAUUCCGCCGGAGUUUGGUUCUUUCAAAUCACUAAAACUACUAGAUCUCGGAGGUUGUAAUCUCAACGGAGAAAUUCCGGCAAGCCUUGGAAAUUUGAAGAUGUUGCAUACUCUGUUUCUUCCGUUCAACAAUCUCAGCGGAGAAAUACCUCCGGAGCUUUCCGGAAUGGUUAGUUUGAAUUUUCUUGAUCUAUCGAACAAUAAUCUAACCGGUGGCAUACCGGAGGCGUUCUCGGAACUAAAAAAUCUAACUUGGAUUAAUAUGUUCGGCAACCGUCUCGCCGGUCCUCUUCCUCCCUUCAUCGGUGAUCUCCCGAAUCUUGAAGUUCUUCAGAUCUGGGGGAAUAAUUUCACGCUUGAACUCCCACAGAAUCUCGGCCGUAAUGGUCGGCUACUUAUGCUCGACGUCACCGGAAACCAACUCACCGGACCAAUUCCGAAAGAUUUGUGCAAAGGAGGCAACUUACGACUUUUGAUUUUAAUGGAUAAUGACUUCUUUGGGCCCUUACCGGAAGAACUUGGUGGCUGCAAGUCUUUAACGAAGAUUCGAAUCAUGAAGAAUUUCAUCAACGGAACUAUUCCCGCCGGCAUCUUCAACUUGCCGGAGCUUACCAUGCUCGAGCUUGACGACAACAAUCUUACCGGCGAACUUCCUAAUAAAAUGUACAGUCAGUCUCUUCAAAGUGCUUCAAUGUCUAACAAUUGGAUCACCGGUAAGAUACCUCAGGCGUUUGGUGAUUUACCGAAUCUAACAACUCUAUCUCUCCAAUCAAAUAAGUUCGUCGGUGUAAUUCCAGAAGCGAUAUUUAAUCUAAAGAAGCUUUAUGAAAUUAACGUCAGCGACAAUAAUCUUAGCGGUGAGAUUCCGGCUUCCAUUGCUACAUGUGUGCAACUUACGUCCAUUGAUUUCAGCAGGAACAGCUUCAUUGGUGAAUUUCCCAGAGGAAUUUUAAGUUUGUUCAAUCUGUACAUACUUAAUGUAUCUCGAAAUCAACUUAAAGGUGAGAUUCCGACUGAAUUAGGUCACAUGGAGAGCUUGACAGUGUUGGACCUCUCCUACAAUCAAUUCUCCGGCAGAGUCCCAAUCGACGGACAACUAAAGGAUUUCAGUGACACCAUGUUUUCCGGUAACCCUAACCUUUGUUUACCACAAACCGCUCAUUGUCCGAUCAUCUCCACAUCACAAAACAACAACCCUUCAAUCCCCGCAUCAAAGAUUAUGAUAGUAAUCAUCGUUGUAAUCACAACCAUAUCGUUAUUCAUAUAACAUUCAUCAAAUAUAAAAACAAACACUUCGAGAAAUCCAACGUCUGGAAGCUAACCACAUUCUAACGCUUAGAUCUAAAAGUUGAAGACGUUCUUGAAUGUUUGAAAAAUGAAAACAUAAUCGGUAAAGGUGGAGCUGGAAUUGUGUACAGUGGAUCAAUGACGAAUAGUGUUGACGUAGCAUCAAAGGGUUAAUCGGUGGGAACCAUGGAUUCGACGCCAAGAUCCAAAGUACAACAAAUUGGCAUAUCUCAUGGAAGUUUAGGAGAUUUUACACGGAUCGAAAGGCGCACAUUUGCAGUGGGAAACGGGGUAUAAGAUGGUUGUAGAAUCAACGAAGGGACUGUGUUACCUUCACCAUGAUUGCUCUCCGAUGAUCUUACAUCGAGAUGUGAAGUCAAACAAUAUACUUUUGGAUUCCGAUUAUGAAGCUCAUGUUGCUGAUUUUGGGCUCGCUAAGUUCUUGAGGGAUAAUUAUUAUGGUGCUUCCGAGUGCAUGUCUUCCAUUGCAGGAUCGUAAUGGGUACAUUGCACUAGGUAUAAGCUUCUAAUGCAUGUUGCUAAUUAUAAAAGUAGGUUAUGUGAGAAGAUAGUAGUGAAGAUAAAAGUACUAUCUAUAAUGUAUAUUGUACAUGUAUAAUGCACA